CCAGAUACUGGGGAUGUCAGGACACAUGCUGCCAAUAGACAGACCAUGUUCCAGUGAAUGCUUCCUUACAGCUGCCCAAGAAAGCAAGAGGUCGAGUCACCACCACCUUGAAAAACCACCACGGCUACCCCAACGCUCCAGUAGUCCCCCACGGCCCCGUUACCUGCUGAUGACAGCUUCCCUCGCGGGCGCCCGUCCCGUGGCAGUAACAUCUCUCCACUGGGCUGCACCGAUCAGUACGCCAGUCUUAGUCUCGGUUUCCGCAGGACGGGGACCAUUCCUUUUCGGUGACGAUGGCGCGCCGGGGAGGAGCGGAACGGCCGGGCGCCUUGCAUCACCCUGCGGGCUGGACCACGGCCGGACCCCGGGAACUAGGCGGCUGACCUCGAUUGCUUCCUCGGCCCCAGGGCCCGGGAGAGAGAGAGGAGGCGAAGCGGGAUGUACUGCGGUUGCAUGCGGCGGCGCCCGGUCUCCUGCGGCGGGCUGGGCUUCCCAGUAUUUUCCCGUAGCUUGCCGGGGCAUUUGGGGGCAAACUGGGCAGACGUCUCCGACCCCCCUCGGUACCGCAGCUCCCGCGUGCGGCCGCCUGGAAAACAGACAAAGCAAGAGCGUUAGAAAGGCAGGCGGGGAGGAGAGGAAAGGCAGGCGGGGAGGGAAGGGCGCCGGGAGCCCGCACGCCGCGCGGUUGCCAAUGACAAAAGGAAGAGAGGGGGGAACCCGGGCGGCCCAGCCGGGUCCCUUCAAGGUCGAGGGGGACCUGCUCGGAGGGGACCCCGCCGAGCCACUCUCUCCCAAAACGUCCUCACGCAUCAUCGGGAGAGAAAGGUGUGAAAAGCCGAGCCCGGCAGAAAGUUCAUCCCUCCCCCUUCCCUCCGGGUCCUCUCCCCCAACUCCCCCGCCUUCCUCCCACCUCCCCAGCCUCAAUGUCACAUGA